UGGUACCUCUCAAGUGGGCAUGUGUCUUUGACUCUUGCUUGGCUCAAACACGGAAAAGUCAAAAGGGUUUGGACCAACGUUGUACCUGGUGGAGGUGUCGUGCUUCAUAAUCUAUACAUGACAAUACGUCAGCAAGCAUGAUAGAGAAAGAGGGAGGCAUGCGUAGAUGGUGAACGCAUUGCCUACAUGUUUCGGCCUUCCCUUCACUUGCAAAGAUUAGUUGAACAGAAACAGGUGGAUGUUUUGGUGGCUUUUACCUCACCAUUUCUAGGGCAUUCAUAUCAGGGAGAGAUUAUAUACCUUUUGUUCUAUAAAAUUAUCUUUAAUAAGUUAUGAAACUUUAUUUGUGUAUAUGGUUUUAAUAAAGUCGAAUUCCCGUUGAAGGAGUUCCAUAUGUUCCACCUCUAUAUAUCCUUGCGUGUGCGUGGGUCAGUCCAACCUAUUCACCAUCCAUGAUCCUUUCCAGGCCAAUAUUUUUUGAAAGUCCUGUGCCCUUGACACAAUCUGAAAUCUCCCAUGAUGGAACGACAAGAAGCUCCUCCUCCUCCACCUCCGCAACGAGUCUCGUUGCCGCUGCUGUUGCCUCAGAACCCUCCCUAUCUUGUUGCCGAUUCCUCGUUGCACCCGCCUCGUAUAGACGACCACCAAGUCUUCACCGACAUAAACGAUUUGGCCAGUCUUGCUUCUGGUAGCAAUAGUGCUGGGAUCAAUGGAGGUAGUGCCAUUAAUGGGGACGACGCGAGUCAUGAGGCUCCUUUAGUGAUGUUCGAGUAUGGAACAGCCACGGAAGGGAUCACGGGGAGGAGAUUGGAGAAGCGAUCUAAGGUCGCCACGAGCAGCAGAACUCAGAAGGCGGCAAGUCCGAGGUUUGAGUUCCAGACGAGGAGCGAGGACGACGUUCUCGACGAUGGCUAUCGUUGGAGGAAAUAUGGGCAGAAAGCUGUCAAGAACAGCACACACCCCAGGAGCUACUAUCGCUGCGUGCAUACCACGUGCGACGUGAAGAAGCAAGUGCAGAGGUUGUCCGAGGACACGAGCAUCGUCGUGACGACUUACGAAGGCGUUCACAACCACCCCUCCGAGAAGAUAAUGGAAACCCUAUCCCCCCUCCUGAGGCAGAUUCAAUUGCUCUCCAGGUUUUCGCCCGACAAGCAAUGAUCCCAAUUCGGUUCUUGGGCAAUUUCUCGGUUAAUCCAUACAUAUGUACAUGUGCCCCUUGACUUCAUUCCACUUCUCUUGGUACACGAACGGCUCAAUCUUAACA